GUGCCUCAAUGUGUAAAUCUAUGCUGGCUUGCUUUUUCUGCAGAUUAAAUGCACCACACAGCCUUCUGUUUGAAUCUUGAGGUGUAUGUGUAGGGGAGAGAGAGAGAAAGAGAGAGCGAGAGAAACUGCACUCAUUUUGGCUCAGCGCAAGAAGCCACUCGCCCGUCGAAAUAAAUGUUACCGCGUUCCAAAAUGGCCGACCACAAGGACACAGUUUCUCUGGCAUGUUCCUCUACCGCUACACGCUCGGACUAACGUCAGAGCUUCGAUUGAAAAGAAAAAUAUAUAUAUUCUCUCUGACUCACUCAAAUGAAUUUAACCCCUGCAUCACACUUUACCACGACGAGAGGCGCUGGGCAUCAUCGACAUGCAGCGAAACUAGCGAUCGAGACUGAUGUGGACACUGCGGUGAAACCGAAUGGCGGCGAGGGGCGGCAGGUGCAUGGCUGUCCAGGGAGCAUCAGAAGGGAAUGCAUGCCCGUUCAACAUGUGAGCAGUUCAUUCAUGAACGAAUAUCUUUAGUCACUGGCAUCAAUGACAUCUGUCACAUACUGGGAGACACAACCGUAUUGGGUAGUUUAAUUAGUUGUCAUGCAACGCAGUCUUCAUAAAUUGUAUUAAAAAUGAUAGUAACAGCUGUGCUCCAUCAGCACGGGUGUUAUUUAAUGAUCUCGCGCGCAUCGGCUUGACACUGUGUGGACGAGCACGCGGACGCUGUAUUGCGCGUCUCAGCUGUUUCAGGACCGGAGCGCCUUUGCGCUGAUUACAGAAAGCGACAUAUAAAACUACAAGCAGUGGACAUCCUGCUGCAAGGAUUGUAUUUCCUCUCGAAAUUUAGUUGAUGGGGAGGAACGCGUUGCGAGCAACCGCAACAGAAGACCAAUAAUAAUUUGUUCGUUUAAAACUCAUAAAAAUCCCCGAUUUUUUUGCGUUAGAACGUCUAAUUUGGAGAUGUAAUCGACUUCGAUGCCAUCGCUUUGGGACGCGUUCUACACAUCGCCUCAUCGCGCAGCUGUACGCGUUGGAGAUGCGCGAUUGUCUUCAAGGACCGUCUGGGCAAUAAGUGUGAAACCGCUCGUGCAAAGAAGAGAGAAGGGGGAAACUGGGUUGUUCUGAAAGACAUGCGCACACCUCCCAGAAGCCAAUUUAGUAUUGCAGUGGAUUUAUCAGAAGAACUUUGGUCCGUCUCUCUCUACCUUUCCAUCUCAAUCGCCUCUGGAAUAGAAUGACUCCUGACGAAAAUGUCUCCCAAACACUUCAGUCUGGAAUAUGAGUCAUGAAUAGACUGCCAGAAAACAGCUGCAGUGCUUCAACUCCACAUUUGAAAGAGAAACGGAAGAGGAUGCACACCAGAGAAAUGGGCGAAAAGGAAAUCGGCUUUCCUUCCUGUUUAAAGGAUAUUUGCUGACUUGGCUUUUUGUGUCGCAUCCUUACCUUGGACUUGAGGUGCUUGGAAUGUCCUGUGACUCUUAUCAAAUUAGUUUUUUGUUCAUUUUUAUUACCAAAUGAGUAACAUCUGGCUGAAUGACUGAUGAAGUUCAUUUCUGCAAACUGACUUUGAUCUCAAUUCCACGAUUCCUUGGUGGCAGUGGAAAAAUGGCAUGCUUGAUGGAAGAAUAGCAAUGCACACGUACACACACAUGCUCACACCCAUCGUAAACCAACAAACAAAUUAACAUUAUCAUCAUCCUUUGAAUGUGAAAACAAAUUCCCAAUAUGGAAUUUCUUCAUCCCUUUCCAGUACUGUGACUUCCAAAACUGAAUUUAACUUUGAGGGUAUCUCAGAUUAAAACCACUGACUAUUUUAGCUUGGUUACCCAACUCUAACUCCAACACAUUUCCAUCUCUCCCCCCCACCCGCUCCACGUGUGGGGGGGGGGAGAGCUUCCUCUUACGGGGUGAUCCCAGAAGCUUGUCCCGGCAGACGGUGACUGUCACGCAGGUGUCCAUGAGCAUGGAUGCUGGGCAGGGCAGCCCGGAAAGUCCUAACCGGGCAGUGGAGUACCUGCUGGAGCUUAACAACAUCAUCGAAAGCCAACAGAAGCUUCUGGAAACUCAACGGCGGCGCAUUGAGGAGCUUGAAGUGCAGCUGGACCGGCUCAGCCAGGAGAACAAAGACCUGAGGUUGGACCGACAGCCCUGCCCGCCCCCACCUCCCGUCCACCCCAUCCAGCCACCCACUUCCAACGCUGCAACCUCCGCCAAAGUCUAUGCUUAUCAGACUCACAACAGCGGGCCCAUCCCGAUACCCAUCCCGGCUCCGGCUCCCCCGCCCCCACCACCACCCGUGCCACCACCCGUGCCACCACGGGACCGUCGUAUCAAUGCCAACACUCACAUGAGGCUUGUCCAAAGCCUGUCAGCUGGAGCCAAUGCCACGGAGCAAGAGAGGAACCGAGACAGGGAACGAGACGGCACCGCUACCAGUUUGGGAAGCUCUCUGCAGAGACAUGUGGAGGGAGAUCCUCAGUGUCCGGACACGGCUAGCUUUUCCGACAGCACCUGUAGUCAGGGCCCAUACCUGGGCAACUCAGAGCGCUACGGGAACAUCCGAAACAUUCCUGGCCCUCAGGGGCCUCCUGUGGCCCCUUCGAGCCCAGCGACCCUGGCCUGGGCGCAACGGACCCGCAACCAGCCCGCCAGCCUGGCACUCCGCAAGCAAGAGGAAGAAGAGAGCAAGCGCUGCAAAGUGCUCUCUGACAGCUAUGAGCUCUCCACGGACCUGCAGGACAAGAAGGUGGAGAUGCUGGAGAGGAAGUAUGGAGGUUACUUCCUGAGCAGACGAGCGGCUCGCACAAUACAGACGGCGUUCCGGCAGUAUCGCAUGAACAAGAAUUUUCAACAGCUACGCAGUUCCGCCUCUGAAAGCCGAAUGACUCGCCGGAUCAUCCUGUCGAACAUGCGUUCACAGUAUUCGUUUGAUGAGCGACAGCCACAGGUUCAGCCCCAGACGCCCCAGCAGCAGCAAGGUCGAUAUACCAGCCAUCACACUUCGACUCUGGGCACAGCUAGCCAGGCAGGAACCACAGACUCGCAGCAGGAGACUGACUCACCCGCACACUGUCCUUCAGCCAGAGAGGAGUACUCGCAUGCAGACGACGCCUUCAACAAACAGGUGACAUCUCUGGCUGACUCUAUGGACGACACUCUGACGUGUCAGUCUGGCCGAGGGGACUCUCAGGAUGGUGGUGGGGAAGGUGGUGAGAGCGAGGAUUUUGGCGAGUGUGUGUGGAGCAACAAACCUAACUCACGUAGGAGGGUCAUGGGGGAGCAAGAACGUCUGGGGGUCAUGCACGAGGACAGCACAGCUACCUCAUACAGCGACGUCACGCUUUAUAUGGACGACGGCAUGCCAUGUUCUCCACUAUCCAUCGAGCGGGUUCCCUCCAGUACAGACACGGAGUACUGGGGCGUAAGCAGCGGGGUCGGAGGACGUGAAGACAGCCGGGAUACAGAGGGCGGCGGGAGCAAUAACAGCCGGCGUAGCACACCGUGCACUGAAUGCCGAGAUUUCCGGUUGCGGGGGUCACACCUCCCCGUUCUCACCAUAGAGCCACCUAGUGACAGUUCUGUUGACAUGAGUGACCGUUCAGAUCGAGGAUCCCUCAGCAGGCAGCUGCUUCAUGAGCAGGAGUCUACGGCGGGUGGAUCGCCUCAAGGGACUCUCAAACACAACCCCGCCCCUCGCACACCCAAUCCCUGUGCAGCACAGGGCCAGACGAGACCCCCGGGUCGCCCCAUCCCAUCCCCUCUUCCAACACACGUACCACACUGCACAAUGAUGCACCACCAUCACCACCCACACCUUCACCAUCCGUUGCACCACCACCCUAUGCCACACAUCCAUCACCCCUACCCUGACCCCACGUCUCCCUCGCCCACUCAGCCUCCACUCACGCCACUUUCUUCCUCGUCCUCCGCUCCACUGCCCGCUACUGGCCUGGAGCACUCGGAUGGGGACAACGACUCUCUGAACUCCACCACCAACUCCAAUGAGACCAUCAACUGCAGCUCAUGCUCUUCGUCUAGGGACAGUCUAAGGGAACCGUUGCCUCCUCUAGGAAAACAGACCUAUCAGAGAGAGAGCAGGCAUAGCUGGGACUCGCCCGCCUUCAACAACGACGUGGUGCAAAGGAGGCAUUACCGCAUUGGACUGAACCUCUUCAACAAGAAACCAGAGAAGGGGAUCCAGUAUUUGAUAGAGAGGGGUUUUGUCUCAGACACUCCUGUGGGCAUUGCACGUUUCAUCCUGGAGAGGAAAGGCCUGAGUAGACAGAUGAUCGGGGAGUUUCUGGGAAACCGUCAGAAACAGUUCAACAAGGAUGUGUUGGACUGUGUGUUGGAUGAGAUGGAUUUCUCGGGCAUGGAUCUGGAUGACGCCCUGAGGAAGUUUCAGGCUCAGAUUAAGGUUCAGGGGGAAGCCCAGAAGGUGGAGAGACUGGUAGAGGCCUUCAGUCAGAGAUACUGCGUGUGCAACCCUGCACUUGUCCGCCAGUUUCAGAACCCAGACACUAUCUUCAUCCUGGCAUUUGCCAUCAUCCUUCUCAACACAGACAUGUACAGCCCCAACGUCAAAGCUGAGAGGAAGAUGAAGCUGGAGGAUUUUAUCAAGAACCUUAGAGGAGUGGAUAAUGGACAGGAUAUUCCCAGGGAUAUGUUAGUGGGCAUCUACCAGCGCAUUCAGAAAUGGGAACUCAGGACAAAUGAUGACCAUGUGUCUCAAGUGCAGGCUGUGGAGAGGGUCAUCGUGGGCAAGAAACCUGUGCUUUCUUUGCCACAUCGCAGGCUAGUGUGCUGUUGUCAGCUGUAUGAAGUCCCUGACCCCAAUCGACCCCAGCGGAGUGGAGUUCACCAGCGCGAGGUCUUCCUCUUUAAUGACCUGCUAGUGGUAACAAAGAUCUUUCAGAAGAAGAAGACAUCUGUGACGUACAGUUUCAGACAGUCUUUUCCCCUGGUGGAGAUGCAGGUUCAUAUGUUCCAGAACUCCUACUAUCCUCACGGUAUCAGAUUGACAUCAGCGAUGCCCGGCAGUGAGCGUAAGGUCCUGAUUGUGUUCAAUGCGCCAAGCCAGCAGGACCGAACGCGCUUCACCAGCGACCUGCGUGAGAGCAUCGCUGAGGUUCAAGAUAUGGAGAAAUACCGUGUAGGGUCUGAGUUAGAGAAGCAGAAAGGUGUGAUGCGUCCAGGGCUCCUGAGCGGAGAUGGUGGCGGGGUUGGCGGAAUAAAGACUGAGGCUGUGAACGGCACUCUGGGUAGGCCCAGUCUGGAUGACACGUACACAGCAGGGGAGGGGCUUAAACGAACAGCACUUAGCUCCUCACUGAGAGACCUCUCUGAGACAGGAAAGCGAGGCCGUAGAAACAGCGUUGGCUCUUUGGAUAGUACUAUAGAAGGAUCCAUCAUUAACAGUCCUCAGCCGCAUCAACGCUUGCCCAUAGGGGGCGCCGUUCCCGGCUGCUAUGGGCUGGAAGACUACCGGCCUCACCGCCCCGUCCUGAGCCCCGGAGUAGGGGUGGGGGGUGGGUCGGGGCAACUUCACAACGCCGUAGGCAAUAUGGGGGGAGUCCCUGGCAUCAGCAAUCGAGGUGGGGGUCCGGGGAGCAGUUCUGGAGGGAGCAAUUCCGGUUCCUUCCUGGGCUCCCUGUUUGGGAGCAAGCGUGCCAAACCCCCUGCUCCCCUUCCUCCCCCCGGGCCACAUUACCCAGCCCCCGUGCCACCUCCUACUACAGGAGGGCCGCCACCUCCGUCCCCCUCCGCCCUCAGCCAGUCAGACCCCAGUGGGCCAUCCAAGAUCCAGGCCCUUCAUGCUCAGUACUGUCACAACAACUUUGGCCAGCCUCCACCCCUCUACCACCAUCAUCAUCAGUACCACAUGCAGGCCGUCGCCCCUGGCCAUCCGCCCGCUAUCCAUCAUACCCUACAACGAGGGUCCCUCCCACGGCGCGGGCCGCCCGCUCCUUCACACGCCCAGUUCCAGCAGCAACUAUCCCAUCAUGCUAUGCAGCAAGGCCGCUACGGCAAUAUGGCCUGCACCCCUCCGCCUCUGUCCCCACAUUCGCCCAAUUCCCCCAUCGCCCCUUUCACCUUUUACCACAUGCAUCCCAAUCCCAUACGCCACGUACGGGUGCCCGGUCCUACCGGCAAGCUUCCUCUCACCCUGUCUCACUCUCAGCCCCACCCUCACGCCCACUCCCACGUUCACUCUCAUACCCACAGCCAUCCAGUACACGCCCACAGCCCACACCCCUUACUGGAUCACUCCGCCCAUCAAACUCACUUCGUUUUUUCGCCGCCCCCUCAGGCGCCAUCCGCCAUCACCGCCCGCUACAUACCCCAGGGCGUCGCCCACUACAUCCCACAGUAUCCACCCCUCUCCUCCAUUCCACCUCCUCCACCACAUUCCCCGUUACCUCCUCCUUCAUCCCCACAUACCCCCCUGACCCCUCUUACCCCGCUCUCCCCGCUUGCCCCGCAGCUCCCAGGACACAUGGGGCUGCAUUUGGGUGGCCCAGGGGGUGGAGGAGGAGGUGGAGCCAGCAACAGCAGCACGGUCGGCAGCUCCAAAUCCAAACCUAUCAACCGCAUCAGCACGGUGGUGUAAGGGUGAGCCGCGGCAGAGGGCGCAGGGUCCCAACGCGGAGGAGCCGGAGCCCAGGCAAGCGGAAGCACACCAUACUCAGACUCUGUUACUUCCAUAUGCGCUUCCCUCACGUGUAGGGCGGGAAUCCUGGCCGGCUACAUGCUCAUUGCUAGCCUGAAUGGCAUCUUGCUGUUGGCCGCCAUUCAAAACAAAGGCUGUGUAACAGCAUCAAAUCUCCGACUGAAGAUCUAAGAAGCCUAAUGGAGACAGUGGUGAAGCAAAUGAAGUGUAUUUUAAGAGUUCGAGUUGAAAUUGACAUGCAUGGCUGCCAAAGGAAAAGGUUACAGGGAGAAAGGGGGUGCCAAUUUAAGUCGGACUGAUGAUCUGGAGUUUAAGAGACCAAGUUUGACUGUACAGAAGACGACAAUGGUGAACUCUUUAAACACUCAACAUGGAGACAAAACUGGACAGAUGAGUGCAAAAUAUAAAAGAAACUGAACUUUCAUUUAUAGUCUUUUCAGUUUUCAUGCG